CUGGUCUGUGACUGGAAAUCACACUGAGCAGCCCGAUUUUCUGCUGAGUAGGAGCUGUGCCUUCAGAAUGUCUGGGCGAGGUAAAGGUGGCAAGGGGCUGGGUAAGGGAGGCGCCAAGCGCCACCGGAAGGUGCUGCGGGAUAAUAUUCAAGGCAUUACAAAGCCUGCGAUUCGCCGUCUCGCCCGACGUGGGGGCGUCAAGCGCAUUUCUGGUCUCAUCUACGAGGAGACCCGGGGAGUUCUCAAAGUCUUCCUGGAGAACGUGAUCCGCGACGCGGUGACUUACACGGAGCACGCCAAGCGCAAGACCGUCACGGCCAUGGAUGUGGUGUACGCGCUGAAACGCCAGGGUCGCACUCUCUAUGGUUUCGGCGGCUGAGCUGUCCCCACAGCUUUUCUACAGACUCCAAAAGGCCCUUUUCAGGGCCCCCAAACUGUCACAGAAAGAGCUGUUAACACUUCCUAGAUAACGGGUAAAUAUCAAAGGAUGCCGCCUUCCGGAUACCGGGAAUGGGACAUUCGCGGCCCGAGCAUCUGCUCGAGAUUAGGCUUGGCGGGCGCGGGGACUCCACCUGUACUUAGAAACGACCCUGGAAGUGCCGCGCAACGCAGUAGUGACCUCCCAGACUGCGGAUUUUGUUUAGAAGAGUGCUUCUACAAAGCCCCAGUGUUAGAACUGAUCAUGGGCUUCUAAGCGGCCGAGUCGUUGGCCCAUAAGCACGUAUCGGAUGGCUUCCAUGUAAAUUAGGGCUUAGGUGACUUCCUGCCGGCCUUCAGGGGUGAGCGUCACGCGUCAUAGGGCGGUUCGCGCGUGUGCAGGGCCUGCUAGGUCGCAGGAAAUGGGAGGUCGCAGCAUGCCGCUACCUGCAAGCCGGAAAGCUGAAUGCAGCCCUCGUGUGGCGCGUUGUAGUGUACUAUUUUACUUCAUCGCUGACGUUCUGAGUGAGGGGUGACCAAGCUCAGAUGCUGAGAUUAAGGCGGCCGGGCGAAACUCGCGGCACCCUGCGGUUCUCGUAGCCAGCUGCGUAAAGUUGCCUACGCCGAGCGCGUGGCGUCCUGCUCGGCCACCUGGCGGCGGGCGUGGAGUUGGCAGGCAGGCAGUGGCGGUCACGCUGGCAUGAAAGGCCAGAUCGCCUGCAGGUCGCCAAGUUGCCGGGAAUCCUCCGCUCCGGGCAGUGUCAUGCCCACCACAAAUGACCCUAUCGCAGCCGGGAGACCGAGUCUAGCUCUGCCACCGAGGCUGGAGUGCAGUGGCACGAUCUCGGCUCACUGCAGCCUCCGCCUCCCGGGUUCAAGCGAUUCACCUGCCUCAGCCUCCCGAGUAGCUGGGAUUACAGGCCUGCGCCACCACGCCCAGCUAAUUUUUGUAUUUUUUUUAGUAGAUACGGGGUUUCGCCGUGUUGGCCAGGCUGGUCUUGAACUCCUGGCCUCAAGUGAUUCACCCGUCUCCGCCUCCCAAAAUGCUGGGAUUUCAGGCGUGAGCCACCACGCUUGGUCUUGCUCUAGCUUUUCUAAACAUGGAGAAGUCAUUUAGCUUCCUUGGUGUGGUGGGCUGAAGUCAUUAUAAGUUUCCCAGCCCCAGGGGUUAAAGAACUGGAGUCAAGAUUUGAACCCAGCUGGCAAAGGAUUCCGCACCGCUUGAUCUUGACAUUUGCCUCCUCUUCUGCCAGGAAGGCUCCCCCGUUCCUUUUUGCUGACAUGUCACUUGUAAGUACUUUCUCUUACUCCAUAAAGACUUCAAGUGAGGGCCGGGCGCGGUGGCUCAAGCCUGUAAUCCCAGCACUUUGGGAGGCCGAGGCGGGUGGAUCACGAGGUCAGGAGAUCGAGACCAUCCUGGCUAACACAGUGAAACCCCGUCUCUACUAAAAAAUACAAAAAAUUAGCCGGGCGUGUUGGCGGGCGCCUGUGGUCCCAGCUACUCGGGAGGCUGAGGCAGAAGAAUGGCGUGAACCCAGGAGGUGGAGGUUGUGGUGAGCCGAGAUCGCGCCACUGCACUCCAGCCUGGGGGACAGAGAAAGACUCCGUCUCAAAAAAAAAAAAAAAGACUUCAAGUGAGUACACAAUACUGGUGUUAGUUUAAUUUCUAGAACAGUGAGACACUCGCAGAAGUUCAAUUUUCUUUGAUGCAAGUGAAAAAUUGAGUUACUUAAAAGAAAUAGAGUCUGGCAUACUUUUGUGCCCUUAAUAUUUGUUGCAUGACCAAAUGCGUGAUUUUGGGUUUCACAUAAAUUAGGAUGAAAGUUAGGGCCCCGAUGGAGGAUAGAAAUACUGUAGAUAUUUGUAUGACAAUUAAAACUCUUAAGUAUUUAAUUUAUAUGGAAUUGUUUAAAUAUUUUAUGGUUUUGGGUUUUGGUUUUUUUUUUUUUUUGUAGUGGUCUCAAUUCUUUGAUCAGAAUAGAACUUAUAUUUUCCCUUGUAGCAUAGUUAUUUUUUUUGUUUGCGUUUUGUUCUUUAUAAAAUAUAACCUAAUUAUCCAAACCCAGGAAAUAUUUAUUUUUGUCUGUGACUGUGAGUCCUAUGGUAUAGUAAGUACCCAGUCCUGACAGUAAUCAUGUCUUCCAAACCAAAACUGGGUCACAUGGUUCAAUAACUGAACAGAAUAUCUCAAACUGAAAAUGACCAAGAUUUUGUGGUUUACUAUUAAUAAUAAAAUUGCUUACUGAAAAUGUUAAAGAACUUGAUUUAAAACUGUAAUGCCUCACUUAAAAUGUGAAUGAGGGGGGCGGGGUGGGGGUGGCUAUAAUCCCAGCACUUUGGGAAGGCUGAGGCAGUAGGAUUGCUGGAGGCCGGGAGUUUGAGACCAGCAUGGCCAACAUAGUGAGACCCCAUCUCUACAUAAAAUAAGAAUUAUAAAAUGUUUAAAGUGAAUGGAAUGCAUUGAAAUUUGAUCCUGUAGCAAAGUCAUCCCUUUUGAAUUUUGAACAUUUAUUUAGUGCCUCUUUUCCAAGCAUAUUUUGAAUAUUCAGAGAUAAAUGAGCAAGUUACUGCCAUCAAGAAGCUCCUGUUUUUCUAGGAGAGAAAGGGGAAAGACGUGUAGUUCUACACAUGUGGUUUGCUCUAACAGAGUGGUAUAAAUCAAAUACUACUGGUAUGCAAAAGGACAAAUUUUGUCAGCCAAGUGUAUGGGGGAUCUUCAAAGAGCACAGGUGCCAUCUGUUCUGAGCUAAUGACCCAUUGAAGAAGAAGGCCACACCAAAUUUGGGGAAAAAGCAUCAACAAAUGCCAGAGUAUUUUCCAGGCAGGGUAUAUUUGGAGAAUCUCCUAAUGUUGUAUAUUUAAUCUGUCCUUUGUCCAAGAAUAAUGCAAUGAACUAGGCAACUAGUUGAAUAAAAAUUGAAACCAAGUUCAAACAAGCCCAUUGAAAAAUGGGCAAAAGACUGGAAAAACAUGGCCAAUAAGCCUAAGAAGAGAUGUUCAGCUUGAUUAGUCAUCAAGAAACUACAAAAUGAGACCACACUGACUCUAGGCAUGUUGGCUCAUGCCUGUAAUCCCAGCACUUUGGGAGGCCGAAGUGGGCAAAUCACUUGGACAGGAGUUCGAGACGAGCCUGGGCCACAUGGUGAAACCCUGUUUCUACUAAAAAUACAAAAAGUUAGCUGGGCAUGGUGGUACACACCUGUAAUCCCUGUUACUCGGGGGCUGAGGCACGAGAAUCACUUGAACCCUGGAGAGAGAGGUCGCAGUGAGCCGAGAUCAGCCACUGCGCUCAAGACUCUCUCUCUCUCUCAAAAAAAAAGACCACAAUGAAAUACAACUUUGGACUCAGUAGAUUGACAGAAAUUAACAAAUGUUACACAGAAUCUCAUAUUGCUGUUAGGAGUAUAAAUUGUUUCAAUUAUUUUUGAAACUAAGGGUUUGCAUUAUCUUGUGAAGUUUAAGAUAGAUUCACAUAUAUGCUCAAGCAGCAAUUCCACCUCUGGGUAUUUACCUAAAGGAAAUGAUAGUACGAAUGCCCCAGGAGACAUGGUCAUUAAAGUUCUUAGUAGAACUGCUCACAAUAGCAACAACAAACCAAAUGCCCAUUGACAAGAGAGUGGACGAAUAAAUUAUGGUGAAAUAUUUUGCAGUCAAAAUUAACAGAUAAAUCCAAUAUGACUUAACAGUGGUUUACAGCGAAUGUUUUGUUUCUCUGCUGACACAUCAAUACUUGUGUCUUCAUAUGUUCAGCAUUUUUAUUCCGAACUUACAUGUGGAUUGAAGGUCAUCUGUGGGAGUCAAACUAAAUUGAGCAUGCUGCCUCCAGAGAGAAUUAGCAUUUGCUUGUUUUUUUUUGGGUCACAUACUGCUAUGGACUGGGGCCACUUUAGCCCUGUUUGAGUAUCCUAGGCUAUUAGAAGAGUCAAGUUUUACUUCUUACAGCUUAUUCCCAAGGCUUAUUCUCCAGUGUAUCCCUAGAUUUAUUUUUUAAAUAUUUUUUUUCCAAGAUUCAAGGGAUACACAUGCAGGUUUGUUACAUGAGUAUUUGCAUAAUGCUGAGGUUCAGGCUUCUGAUGACCACAUCACCCAAGUAGCAAACAUAGUACCCAACAGGUAGUUUUUUAGUUUUUCAACCCUUGCCCCACUCCCUCCCUUCCCAUGAAUCCCCAGUGGUAGAAAUGCUUGUUCCCCAGUGCUGUAAAGAAACAGCACUUGAACAUAAAUUUAAUUUCUUCAGGAAGGCCAUUUUUACUUUCUGCAGAAAGGGUACACUCGCUAGCAGUUUUGUCAUGAGAGUACACAACAAAGGAGACGGGGUCAUUUAUAACCUGAUGGCGUCCACACUACUGCUGUGUCCCAUUUCCACUGGCUGGAACGGGACCUCACAUUCUGUAUUUGUCCUGACUGGCUAGCAACUUAGAACUUUUUAAAAGGCAAAGGCAGAGGAGAACAAAGGAAGGAAGUAACCUGUGGAAUGCUGAGAAAGGUAAAAACACCUUCAAAUAAGGAAGAGGAACAGGCUAUGACCUAAUGCUUGCUUGGACCAGUAUAAGCAUGCCAGGGCAAAUAUUUAGGCUAAAUUGUGGGAGAUAAGAACGUAAAGUACAUUGAUUUCUUUAUUACAGCUAGCAGAUAUUUAAGAAUGUUAGCACAGGUCUUUGAAUAAAUUUUGCUUCUAAGGAAAGUUACUAUUUAUUCCUAAUUAGAUGGGGAAGAAAGUCUUUGAAGAGGAACCUCUACUUUUUUUAACACCAGUGUCUAUUGUUCCUAUCUUUGUGUCCAUGUGUACACAAUGUUGAGUUCCAACUUACAAGUGAGGACAUGCAGUAUUUGUUUUUCUGUUUCUGCAUUAAUUUGAUUAGGCUAAUGGCCUCCAGCUGCAUCCACAUUGCUGCAAAGGACAUGAUUUAUUCUUUUUAAUGGCUGUAUAGUAUUCCGUGGUGUAUAUGUACCAUAUUUUCUUUAUCCAGUCCACCAUUGAUGGGCACCUGGGUUGAUUCCAUGCCUUUGCUAUUAUGAAUGGUGUUAUGGUAAACAUACGAGUGCAGGUGUCUUUUUGGUAGAACGAGUUAUUUUCCUCUGAGUAUAUACCCAGUAUGGGAUUGCUGGGUCAAAUGGUAAUUCCAUUUUUAGCUCUUUGAGAAAUCUCCAAACAGCUUUCCACAUAGGCUGAACUAAUUUGCAUUCCCAACAACAGUGUGUAAUCGUUCCCGUUUCUCAACCGUGGAAGGGUUAUUCAGAUAGUGUUUGCCAGACUGCUGGAAGUGUAUUUCACUAACUAUAGUUUGAUUCAUAUGUCUUCCUUGACUUGUCUGUAAGUUCCUUGAAAGAAGGAACUUCUGACCUAAAAUUUUAAAUAAAACUUAUUAAAGUUUUAGGGAAAUUUGGCUGGGUGCAGUAGCUCAUGCCUGUAAUCUCAGCACUUUGGGAGGCCAAGGUGGGAGGAUUGCUUGAGUCCAGAAGUUCAGGAACAGCAUGGGCAACAUAGUGAGACCCCUAUCUCAAAAAUAAAAAAUAAAAUAAAGUUUUGGGGAAAAUUUUUUAUAUAUUUAGAUACUAUGACAACAUUUUAAUAAAAUAAACUGAGUUGCUUUUCAUAUAUUUCUGUUUUCUAAAAAUUAUGCACUAUGAUAGUUACCUGUUCCUGCCCUGGAGAUGAUGUUUGGUUAUAUUUUCAGGUUCUUUCACCAUUUUUAUUUUGUCUGUUUGGACUUACAACUUUUAUCUGUGUUAAAUCUGGUAAUUUAUACUUCCCUUUAAAGCCAUAUAUUUUAUCAAAAAAUUAUUAGAGAAAAUUUAUACUCACAUGGUACUUUCUAAUAAUAAAAACUCCUUAAAAAAACUCAUGUCUGUCACCCUGCUCAUUUCCUUUUUUUUAUUUUUUUGAGAUGGAAUUUCCCUAUUGUCACCCAGGCUAGAGUGCAGUGGCGCCAUCUCAGCUCACUGCAACCUCCACCUCCUGGGUUCAAGCUAUUCUCCUGCCUCAGCCUCCUGAGUAGCUGGGAUUACAGGCGCCCACCACCAUGUCAGGCUAAUUGUUGUAGUUUUAGUAGAGACGAGGUUACGCCACGUUGGCCAGGCUGGUCUCGAACUCCUGACCUCAGGUGAUCUGCCCACCUAUUGAGUGCUGGGAUACAGGCAUGACCCACCGCGCCCAGCCCACCUUGCUCAUUUCUAAUUUUGUUUUAUUUUUUCUUCUGAUUAAAUUUUUUCAGAAAUUUGUCUGUUAGUUUCUUCAAGAAAUUAUCAAUUUAUCCUUUUAGAAAUGUUUAAUAAUUGUUAUUGUUAUUUCUUAUAUUCUAAUAUUUUUUAAUUUUUAUGUUUGUUUUUUUGCAUUUCUUCUUUUUUCCUCAGUUCAUUUUAGAUUCUUUGUUUUUAAAAUAAAACCAUUGGUCUGGCGUGGUGGCUCCGCUUGAAAUCCCAGCAUUCUGAGUUUGAGAUGGGUGGAUCGCUUGAGCCCAGGAGUUCAAGACUAGCUUGGGCAACAUGGCGAAACUCUGUCUCUACCAAAAAAAUACAAAAAUUAGCAGGACAUGGUGGCAUGUGCCUGUAGUCCCAGUUACUUGGGAGGCUGAGGUAGGACAAUCACUGGAGCCUGGGAGGUCAAGGCGGCAGUGAGCCACUGCACUCUAGCCUGGGUGACAAGGCAAGACCCUGUCUCAAAAAUAGAUUAAUUAAUUAAAUAACACCAUAAUUUAUGGCUGUGUAUUUAUUUAUAGCUUUAGCCACAUAUAAACUCUUAAAAUGUUACAGUGUAUUUUAUUACUUUCUAAGUAAUCUAUGAUUUUAUUUUUACUUCAUCUUAACUCACUUAUUGAAGAGGUUAAUAUUUUAGGUAGUUGAAAUGUUUUCCUGUUUUAAUUAUCUAUAUUAAUUUCUAGUUAUAAAUUUGGACUAAAGAAUGUGACCUGAGCAAUUCAUUUUGGAUAUUACUGAAGUUCUAUUUGUGACCAAUAUUUGAAACUUUGAAACUAUUUCAUUCCUGAACAAGAAAGCAUGGUAUAUACUUCAAAAUAUAACAUUCAACUUAGAGCUGUAUUCAAUGUUGUUAAUUGUAUUUUGAAAGUAAAAACUAAUCAUUGGUUUUUGUCUACCUGAUAUACAUGUGCCUGAUAGUAUCUUGUUGUACCCUGCUAUGUUUUUGUUUCUGUCAAUGUAUCAUAUUUUAAAUCAUAGUUAUUUUAUAAAAUGUGAUUGUGAGUUAUUAUUUAAACCAUGACUUCUUUAGAGGUUGUACCUUUUAUCAAUGUGAAUAACUCUUUUUGUCCCUUGGAUAUCAAUUAAAUUGAAUUCUAAUUAUUUUUUUAACCUUACCUCAGGUGCUGUUUGGCUCCUGCAACCAGAUACACUGAUGAUCUAAUUAAAAUGUUUAUCUCCCCCAAAUUUUAAGAACUUUAUUUGGAUUAUUUGGAAUAAUGUAUAAAAUAUCUAUAUAGAUUAUUGUAUAAUUCAAGGGAAAGCAAAUUAUCAGAACAAUUUCAUGUUAUACAAAAAUAACAUCAGAAAAAUAUCUUAAAUUGUAUGACAUAUUCUAUUGAUUCAUCCACAAAUUUAUAUGUCCUUACCACCUUUCAUUAUAUUGGUACUAGGCAUUAUAGUAGUGCUAGGCGUUAUAGUAAUGCUGGGGUACAAGCAAGAAUAAAACAAACUAAGUUCCUUAUUUCAGGGAUCUUACAGUAUAGGUCAGUGGUUCUUAACAUUUUUUUUUAUCAUGAAUUCCUUUGAAAAUCUGGUAAAAUAAUCCCACACCAUUAUUCCCCACUGCACAUACCACCAAAUGUUUUAGACAUAUUUUCAACUGAUUCAUGGGCCUCAAGAAAACUUGGUUGGUGUGCAGUUUGGUGUAUUAUGGGUAAGACUGGACCUGGUGUUAGAAAAUCUGCAUUUGAGGCUUUGUUCUGACAGUGUCUAGUGUAAACAUGGGCAGACCACUUAAACCUCUCUUUAGUCUUCUCUGUAGAGUGAUGAUAAUACCAUCUAAUUAGCAGGAUUGUUGUUUUAUUCAAUGAGACAGCAUAUGUAAAGAACUUAGUAAAAUAAAAAGCAACAUGUUUAUAAUGGUCUAA